UUACUAAGAAAUGAGGGUUCGAAAAAAGCCACCAGAGGCGAAGCCAGCGUUGCAUCGGCUGGCGUAGCGAAACAGGCUCGCCAAUUAUCUUGUGGCGCGGCAGAUACUGCGCAACCCUUCCGCGACACAACUGUUCAGCAUCAAACCAUUCCUCCGACAACGUCUCCACGGAUCAUUGUCCACACGGACGGCCCCCAAAACACCUUGGCCGCGUCCCGCAGUUAAGCUGUUGAUAUUCUCUGGCGUAAGUCCCGGAUAUUCUCACUCCUUGUCUCAGAGACGCUAGCUGUCCUUAGGUCCAACUUGUAGAAAGUAGGGCUGUGGUCUCUCAUUGGUGUGCUACCACAACGUACUGUUAGGCUUCGCUGAAAGCCGGAAAGUCAUGCAGAUGCAGGACCCAGCGCUUGGGGGCAAAGCCAAUUAAGUCUAGCGAACCCAUGGUCCAUGCCCGCCAUUCCCGUCCAGCAAACGCAACCCUCUUGAUGAGUAUUUGUGGAAGCAUUAUGCUCCAUAUCUCGAGAUUACAUCGCUGGAUAUCAUCAUUUAGUGUGGUUAUAUUUAUCUUGAAAUGCAACAAGCUGCACUCCAAUGCUAACAGUCGCCUAUAAUGAUGCUCCGGGGUGUGUGUUUAGCGCUCCUGUACAUGCAUGCAGCUUGCCGUUGAACAUGCACGACUCUAGCCAACAGGAAUCAACCCGAAGAGUGGAAGCUGAAUGCACCUAGCCAUACGAGGUCACGGCUUCGAGACAAUGACACUGUCGGCGGAGUUGGAGGCGCAAGUCCGCAGGCUACUUGAUUUCACAUCUAUGGCGCUGCCUCAGCCAUGUACAUUACACCAUCCUGAAGAUGGGAUGUAGAUGGGUUACAACUGCACUUACUGAAGCAAUAUGGACAAAAGUGAUGCAUGCGUUUGAUGGGCAGGCUAGCCGGACGAUCCAUCUCCGAAUGCUGCAAGAUUCAGGGGAGGCGAACGUGACGGAGAAGCAUGAAUGUCACACCCGAGAUAAUUAAGACGCAUGGCAUGCGAUACUACAGAUCCAAUGCAACUGCCUUCUCUCUUGCAGGUGAGUGGGUGUCGUAUCAUUUGCCCAGCGCGCUGCAUGCAUAUGAUUUAAGCUCAGAAAAGUCUAGAUGGACCAUCUGGCUCCCAUAAUGUUUGCCUGCAUCCGAAGGGCUGGACUGAACAAGAGGAGGAGGGCAAAUAGCCUGCUUCGGAGAGCUUCUGACCGAGCUGCUCCCGGCAUCUACCCGUUGGCCGCUGUGGGCCCCCCAAAGCGGAUGAUAACGCGGCAACUUAGCGUACCUGGUUUCCCCUGGACCAACAGGCUCCGCAACACAAAGGCUUUCUUCAUUUCAUCUUAGCACAAUACCCACUUGCGCAGUGACAGCCCCUGCCAACAGCGGGAUCCUGGCCAAAUUGCCCAAUGCUUAGCUGCGAUGAGCAGCGUUUUUGUCUCCUGGCGUAGCUCGCGUCAUUACGCUAAAGUCGCCAACGGCAAACCAUGAUCACCUUGAAGCGUCCGACUUGUUACAUACCUCUGAAGCUGGGUGGCAUCCUACGCCAGCAAAGUGCUCUAUAAGUGGGUGAUGGAGAAUCGAUAUGGUUCCGCUCAUGCAGCCCCUUGAUCUUGGAGGCCAUCUAUUAGGUUCAUCCAUCGAUCGUGGAGGACAACGCAGAGCUGCUGCAAGCUGCAGCUUCCUUGUUAUGUCCCCCCAUCCCAAAUUCCCGGAUCCUGGACACUCCAGGCAGACUAAGAAGUCAGAGCCCAGGCACUUAUCACAAAACAGGAAGCGAACUAUCCACUUGCUUGCGUCGGGGUACUUUGCAAAUCAUGCCCCGUCGCAGAUGUCCUUGUUUGCAGUUCUUGUCUUUAGCGGGCUUCCCGCCUCAGUUAGCUGGCCCAAGGAUGCUAAUCAGCAACUUGUUAUGCCCGAAGGCGCGAGUUGCAAUGGUGGACCCUCAGUCCGUCGCCUAACCUCUUAGGGCCGACGGAGCCUACACCCCUGCUUUCCGCUAACUGGGACUAAGGUUAUGUCAUUGACACCCAGGUGCCGCAAAGAACGCUAAAAACUAGCGCAAGAGUGCUCAUCAUCAGGCGCUUGCUUAUACGACCGGCGGAUGCCCUCGCGCGCUUGCCAGUGGACCUCUAGUCCCUGGAAUCAGACAUGCGGCCGAGUUGUAGGUGCUCUUGGUUCUUCUGCAAAACCCUGCGAGACUGUAUGCUGAGCCGGGCAAGUCUGUAGUCGACCGAUACAGACCAGGAAUACAAUCAAGGUGUUGAAUGCGGUAGCGAUAUGUGCUUGCUAACGUUGCUUCCUCCAAGCUACCAUGGUUGGUCAACGCAGGAAUUCCCCAUCAUUUCUGGGUUGGGGGCUGUUGUCACCACGGCACUGGACGGCUCUUGAAAGUCUCGAAAUUGGCAACAAGCUUCGGUCUAGUCAUGCUCACGGCAGAGCGUGUUCUUGACGGCGACCUGGUCUCCUCCCCCAGGGAAAACGACGGGUGCGGCUGCGUCCAUCUCGGGACGGGUUUGUCCAGCACCCGCCUUUCCCCAUCAGGUCAACCACACGCCUGCUUGGGCGCACCCCUCUUGAAAUCCCCUACCACACCCUCCACUGGUUUGGGCCCCAAUGCUACCCAUCCUUGUAAACGCGCCAAAAUGCGUAUGGCACCAACUGUGUUCCCGUUGUUUGCUCAGCGUACCCCGGCAGAGGCAAGUUGACAAGAGAAUACCCCUGCCGUGGCCUUGCAUGAUCUAUAUCCUUUCAACUCUGCUCGCUCCCGCCGGUGAAUACAUAUGCAUGCCACGUCCCUACUCGCUCCGAUACAGCCUUCUGCGUUUGGCUCUUAGUCGAUGCUAUUUUACUAAAGUAGCUGACCUUUGUUAUACUCUAAUAUCGGACAUCUGCGCCCAACACGCCAGUCCAGUUGUCCUACAUCAGCCCUAGGCCGCUCUUCCCACCAGACCGCAUUCCCUUACAGCAACAGCCAUAGGCCUGGUACUACACUCUUUUGAAUAUAGCCAAUAUCACAUCUACCAAGCUUGGUAGUAAUCAAAGGCCAUGUCUACCGACACGAUAUCUUACGGGCCACCACAGCCCUGGCAGACCAUGGGAUGCUUUGAGCCUGAACAGAACCCAUAUGGAAACACUGCCUUUGGUCUGAGUGAUUUUAAAGACCCGUUGACCACCGACAUUCCCUCUCCCAAUGGAUUCUCUAAUAUGCUUCCCCCCCCUACUCCUCUCAACAGCACAUCCCCAAGCGCAACAACACCACAGUCACAACUACAAACUCUUCUGCCAGCUCCUCUGCAAGAGUCCCAGCCCCAGGCUCUAGCAGGGCCAUGGCCGAGUCAGCUUGUACGAUCUCGCUCAGCUGGUAACAUGAAGUCACCAACUCCAGAGGCUCCAAGCACAGUCCCCAGUUCACCAAAGAAAUCUACUACGGGAGAAAAAGAGAAACCUCGCAAAACACUCAGCGCCGAACAGAGAAAGGCUAUGUGUCAGUUCCAUGAAGAGAAUCCUACAAUGAGACAAGCCGACAUUGGUGCUAGAUUUGGAGUGGAGCGAAGUACCGUUUCGAAAGUACUCCGCAACAAAGACGUUUACCUGGGUCGUGAACGAGAUCCUGAAAACACAAAUUUGAAGCGUUCAAAGACCAAGAACCCGGACUUUGAUAGGACGCUAAGCAUUUACGUGCGUCGACAACAGCAGCGCGGGUUUAAUAUCACGGAUAGUGAAAUCAUGGAACAAGCUCGGAUGUUUGCGCAUGCCAGUGACGACCAAAAGACGAUACUGAACAGUCUAACAGAGAACUGGUUACAAAAGUUCAAACAAAAGCACAACAUUGGUGCCUCGGCACCCAAACGUCGCGCUUCAGAACCAAAUAUUGGGCAAUGUACACCAAAACCGGUGCUGAUCAAGUCCGCCGCAGAAAAGAUCGAUCAUCGAGACCAUUCUGAGCCUAGUACCAGAGAUAUAUCGCCUGCCAUCAACACUCCCGCUGUAGUCGAUACAACGCAAAGCAGAUUCCUGCCCGUGGAAGAAGAUGCCACUCAGACCACACUGGCUAUUACAGACUUCGCUGCGCCGCAUGCUUCAUAUCCUACACCUGCCAUGGACACAAACUGCGUCUACAACUUCUCUCCAAACUCCCACCCUGGCGAGUUACCAUUAGAUCCGUCCCAAGUUCAACUCAUUCCAGGGCCGGCUCCGUCAGACAUCAUCAACCGGGAGAAACGUAGCAGGACGUUUCCUAUGACGGUACAUGACUACGAGGCGAUACCUAUCAUAAAUGACGGGUUUGGUAGCCGCUAUCCAUCUACUUCUACGCUGGUAGGAUCGGAGACUAUUGACGGAUUCAACGUCGACCCUCAAGACGGCUUAGACAUGCCUUUGACGUCUCCACCAGCACUUCACAGGACAAGCAGCAAUUCCAGCAUGACGGGGCGCUCAUGCUCAACACCUCUGCUAAACACUGGGCUUGGGAUUUCAACAAAUGAUAGCCCACCAGCUAUGCCGUCCCAGGAGGACGCCUGCCGCGCUGCCAACACGCUGCUCAGCUAUAUCCAAGGCUUCAACUGUAGCGGCCAGUUUGAGCAGAACGAGUUCUUGACAGUGGUACAGCUAACCAAGAAGCUGAAUAUCUAUCAGCAACAAUACCUCCCCCUCAGACCUGCCAUGGGCGUCUUGUCCCAGAUCCCAGAGAGCGACAACGACUUGGUACCGUGCCUCUCCUGCGGUCCAGCCGACGCCGCUUAGACUCACUACGCUAACACUCCUUGGCACUCACACCAGUCGACUUACAUUUCCUUUUACCGCUCUUUCUCCUCUUUUUCCUUUUCCUAUCUGCUGUCCACUCAAUACCACAGACAGAGGCAACUCGUUUACAACAUAGGCGGCAUGGCGGCAACGCAUGAUACCGACCUAUCCACAAAACCGUUCACUUCUUUGUACAUUCUUCAUUAUACCCCCUUCUUGGUGUUACACCGCUCUUACUUAGUUCCUUUUUGUUGUGGAGUUCUUUUUUUUUCUACGCUUGAUUUCUAGCGGCAAUGGGAUGGCGUCGAUUCAACACUGUGGGUUCGUUUUUACGGAGGGGGUUUGGGUAGGGCGGGCAGGCUAGCCCAGCUUCAGAUUGUUACCGCUUUGCGACGAUGGGGCAGAUGACAGGGUGUGAAUCCAGUAGCGCAGAAAUACUGCUUAGUUCUCUUACAACGAUAUACGAAUGAGCAGGCUCGUUCGGAUUGCAUAGCAUAUAGCAACAAGGACAGAUUUCAAAUGCUCCAAAACAAAAUUAUGUAUU